UGUAUAUCUUGCCUAACUGAUCUAGCUGAGAUUUAGAUUGUUAGUUUAGAUAAGAUGUAUAUCCUUUAGAUCAAAUCUCGGCUAGAUUAGAGGCUAUAUAAUCCUGUAAUCUCAGCGCCGAUUGGUGCGCCAAUAUAACACGCAGCUGUCGCACCGAAACAAAGGGCGACGUUCAACCCAUCUCACUUUCGCUGUUUUACAUGGUAUCAGAGCGAGAGAAAACCAAUUCAAUCUAGAUGGCCAGCUCCUCCUCUACCGCAGUUUCCAAUCCGCUGUUCGGGGUUCAAGUCUCCGAGAAAUUGAGCAAGCAGAAUCAUGCGCUCUGGAGAGCACAGGUUCUCAUAGUGAUUCGUGGCGCACGCCUGGAGGGUCACAUCACCGGCGAAACGGCAGUACAUGCCGCACAACUCAGCAAGACGGUGGAAGGAAAGGAGGUCAAAUUCUCCAAUCCAGCGCAUGACGAAUGGAUUGCAGCGGAUCAGCAGAUCCUCGGGUUCCUGUUUUCCUCCAUGACGAGGGAAACGCUGGCGCAAGUCGCUACUGCCGCAACGACGGGCGAAGCCUGGAAGACGAUCCAGCAGAUGUUCACAGCAAAAACGCAUGCUCAAACCAUGAACGUGCGGCUGGCCCUCAUCACCAUGAAGAAGGGUAAUCUUUCAGUUUCUGAUUAUGUUGGUAAAAUGAAAUCGUUUGCAGAUGAGAUAGCAACAGCAGGCAAGUCCAUGGAUAGCGAUGAACUGAUCGCAUAUAUCCUGAAUGGACUGGAUGAAGACUUUGAUCCAGUCGUCUCUGCGCUGGUGGCCAAAACUGAAUCGGUCACAGUAGCAGAGGCUGUCUCGCAGCUCCUGAGCUUCGAGAGCAGAUUGGCGCUUCGUCACGCAAGGCUCCGCGAAUGCAGCCAGCAGAAACCGUGGGGGCUUCUCCUCACGUGGUGGCGCAGGAAGAGGCCGGAACACCAACAGCAACCGCGGCCGCGGCUCCGGCCGUGGGCGUGGCUCAAGUCAACAGCGCGGCAACGACGGCCGCCCCUUAUGCCAGGUGUGCUACAAACGUGGCCACGUUGCUGCAGAUUGCUGGCAUCGCUUUGACGAAGACUACGUCCCAGAUGACAAACUCGUCGCCGCAGCUACAUACAGCCAUGGCGCUAACUCGAACUGGUAUGUUGAUACGGGUGCUACCGAUCACAUCACUAGUCAACUGGAGAAACUCAACAUACGGGAGGUGUACAAGGGACAUGAUCAGAUUCACACCGCUAGCGGUGCAGGAUCGAACCACAAGGAGCACGGUUCUUAAGGGGCCACGCCGCCAUGGUCUCUAUCCGCUUCCGUCCACAUCAUCCACCAAGCAGGCCUUUGCAGUUGCUCCAUCGCUUGAGCGGUGGCACAGUCGGCUCGGGCAUCCUUCCAUUCCCAUUGUUAUGAAGGUCAUUAGUUCAAAUAAGUUACCGUGUCUUAGAGAAUCUAAUAAAGAGUCAGUGUGUGAUGCUUGUCAAAAGGCCAAGAGCCAUCAAUUACCGUAUUCCAAUUCUUUGAGUGUGUCCAAUAAACCUCUAGAACUUAUUUAUUCAGAUGUA